CACCGCGGCGGGAAAAAGAGCACCGCGGCCUCUCUUGUGUUGCUUGCUGCACCAAUUCCUUGCCCCUUGUCCUGAUCAGCACACACCCAACGAUCGUGAGGUCAACUCUUCUGAGAGGAAUCGAUCGGAGCAGAGGCUAUGGCGGAGACGGUGUUGAGCAUGGCGAGGACCGUGCUGCGCAGCGCCGUCGGUAUGGCCGCGUCGGCCGCUGCCGCCGAGAUGGGUCUCCUCGUCGGCGUGCGGAAGGAUAUCUGGUUCAUCAAAGAUGAGCUAGAAACAAUCCAGGCGUUCUUAGAGGUCGCUGAAGCAAUAAAGAAAAAAGACGCGCUACUGAAGGUGUGGGCGAAGCAAGUAAGGGAUCUAUCCUAUAAUAUUGAAGACUGCCUUAGUGAAUUCAUGGUGCAUGUGGGAAGCCAAAGCUUGGCACAACGUCUCACAAAGCUAAAAGAUCGCCAUGAGAUCGCCAUGCGGAUCCGCGAUCUUAAAUCAAGAGUUGAAGAAGUAAGUAUUAGGAACACACGCUAUAGCUUUAUCAAGAUGGAGGCUGUGAACAACAUUGAAGAGGUCAAUUCCUACAAAGAAGAUGUUCGUAGUCACUCGGCUAACAAUAUUGAUGAAACAGAACUUGUGGGCUUCUCCAAGCCCAAGGUGGAGCUGAUUAAGCUAAUGGAUGUCAACACCGCAGAAGGUAAUGCCAAGGUAAUAUGUGUUGUUGGCAUGGGUGGUUUAGGCAAGACUACUCUUGCAAGGAAAAUAUAUGAUAGUGAGGAAGAUAUUGUAAAGAAAUUCCCAUCUCGUGCUUGGAUCACAGUUUCACAGUCAUUUAACAAGAUAGGUGUGCUCAAGGAUAUGAUCAACCAACUUUUGGGUGGAGAUUCGCUAAAGAUAUGCUUGAAUGGACUUGAAGGGAAGGUUGUGCAAGUAGAGGACCUUACCAAGUACCUCACAACAUGGUUGAAGUAUAACAGGUACUUUAUUAUUCUUGAUGACUUGUGGACCAUUGAUGCUUGGAAGUGGAUCAAUGAUAUUGUUUUCUCUGGUAGUAAUAUUAAAGGUAGUCGGAUAAUAGUAACAACAAGGGAUAUCGGCCUAGCAAAGGAGUGCACACUUGAAUCCCUUAUCUACCAUCUUAAACCUCUAGAGCCAGUUGAUGCCACAACAUUGCUCCUAAGAAAGAGUAGGAGAACACAUGAGGACAUGGGGAAAGAUGAGAACUUCAAGGACAUAGUUGAACAACUAGUUAAAAAGUGUGGUUGCCUACCACUAGCUGUGCUUACAAUAGGAGGUAUUCUUGCGACUAAAAGGUUAGGUGAUUGGGAAUUUGUCUAUAACCAGCUUCCAUCUGAGCUCGAGAGCAACCCUAGCCUCGAAGUAAUGAGGAGGAUGGUUACUCUGAGCUAUAGUCACUUGCCUUCUCAUCUUAAGUCAUGCUUUUUGUACUUAAGCAUCUUUCCCGAGGACUAUGAAAUCAAAAGAAGGCGUCUAAUAGAGAGAUGGAUAGCAGAGGGGUUUGUUAAAUCCAGGGUUGGGUGGAACAUUGAGGAUGUUGGAAAAAGCUACUUUAAUGAGUUAAUCAAUCGAAGCAUGAUUGAGCCAUCAAGGGUGAGCAUAGAAGGAAAUGUUAAGAGUUGUAGAGUUCAUGAUAUCAUGCGUGAUGUCAUGGUGUCAAUUUCAAGAGAUGAAAAUUUUGUGUACUUGGCUGGAGAAAAUGUAACCAGUGUAGCAGAGAACUUCCGGCAUGUAGCAUUCCAUGGUAGAAGCAACAAUGAUUUAGGCAUGGACUGGUGCCAUGUUCGGUCAUUAACAAUGUUUAGUGAGAGACCCAAAGAGCUACCACCUUCACUUUGUUCACCCAACUUGAGAAUGCUUAGAGCUUUGGAUCUAGAAGGUGCUCAAUUUAGAGUAACAGAGAAAGAUAUCAGCAACAUAGGAGUACUGCGCCACUUGAAAUACGUGAAUCUUUCGUAUCCCAAAGGGUAUUCAAAUAUUUAUAAACUUCCAAGGUGUAUAGGAAAAUUACAAGGCUUGCAGAUUUUGGACAUACGAGACACUUAUAUUUCAACCCUCCCAGUUCAAGUCAGUAAACUCCGGAGUCUCCGUAGCCUUCGAUGUUGCAAAAAUAAAGUACAUUCCAACUUUGGCCAACAUAGCCCUAGUGAACAACUGGCAAAGAUUAGGCCGCCACCUGUGCCAAUGAUAGUUACACCCGUAUAUGGUCCGCCCCAGGGUAACAGGGCCAAGGUGGUCUCUGGUGUACAAAUGGCCUACUCUAGCCGUUGGUUUGAGUCACCGGGUGUGAGUUUGCCAAGAGGUAUUGGAAACUUAAAGGAGUUACUUAUACUAGAGGUGGUUGAUAUCACACGAACUAGUGGAAAAGCCGUUGAAGAGAUGGGGGACCUUACACAGCUAAGAAAACUAAGCGUGGUAACACAAGGUGCCACCGACGAAAAGUGUAAGAUACUUUGUGCAGCUAUUCAGAAGCUCUCUUCACUGCGCUCUCUUCGCAUCGAAGCUAAUGGACGGGGUAGUGGCCAUGGAACACUUGAGUGGCUGCAUUUUGUUUUGUCUCCUCCACCCCUGCUGAAGACCCUGAACUUGGUUGGAAGUCUUGGAGCGGAGAUGCCCGCUUGGGUGGGAAGUCUUAUGCAUUUGGUGAAGGUUUACUUUGAGUACAACCAGCUAAAGGAAGAAAGUAAAACCUUGCAAAUACUAGGGGAACUGCCGAAUCUCACUCUCUUUCGUCUUGGGUGGGAUUCUUAUGUUGGAGACAAGCUAGUCUUUAAAGCGGAAGCAUUUCCAAGCCUGAUGACACUUGAUAUAUGGGGCCUUAAUCAACCAAGACAGUUGGCUUUUGAGAAGGGCACCUCUCCUAAGCUGGAAAGGCUACAAAUAUCUGGAGUCUUGCUAAGAUUGGGGAUUAUUGGUAUCAAGCACCUUCCAAGUCUCAAGGAGAUUGCCCUUGGAGACUUUGCUCACGUGGCGAAUCUUGCCAUGCUGCGAAAUGAAGUGGACAUACACCCGAACCGUCCCGUGCUGCGGCUGGCAGAGGGGCGGACCAGCCAUGACCUUGGAAGGAUCCCCAGAGGCUCCAAUGUAGAAGUGAUAGAAGAAAAUGAAGAAUUAGAACCACCCCAAAUCCAUGAGCCUGCAGAAACAGGAGAUACCUCCUCGCAGACAUCGACGAGUGGGAGCGACAGUGGAGGCGAUGAACAUGAGGAUGUCCAAGGAUCUAAUGUUGUACGAGCAGACGAAACAGAGGAGGAAUCAGCCCUCCUUCCUGAGACUGGUUCGGCAGGAGAGAGCUCACAACAAGAGGUGGUGGUGGCCAUGCCGAUAUCGAAUGUCAGUGAAGGAGAAGCGUCUAAUGUUGUACAAGUAGAAGAAACAGAGGAGGAGCCAGUCCUCCUUCCUGAUAUUGGUACGGCGGGAGAGAGCUCACAAUCAGAGGUGGUGGAGGUCAUGUCGACAAUGGAAGUCAGCGAGAUCAAUGGCCAAGUGCAUGUUGAAUUUGAAGGCUUCUCUGUGGUGGAAGAUGACGAAGAUGAUUUCUGCUCUUGCAUUUCUGAUGACCUGCAAGAUAAUCUUUCUGAGUGAAUGCUGCUCAAUUGUUUCUAUUCGGCGAUCAUCACUGUACCCUCUGUCAAUCGCCUUCAGGUCUUCAGCUCCGACAGCCUCCUG